UUCUGCUCGCUUAUCGUCAGCAACUAAAUAAUGAAGAAGUUAGCCAAUACCUAGCACUAUUACCAACUAUUGGUGGAAAACCAACCAACCCAAUAAUCAAAAUCAGUCAACUCAGUCGUCGGCUAAUAACCAAAAUCAACAGUCUACUGAAGCUAAGCAACGAACUAUCCAGUCUCCUGACCAUUAUCGGUCAAUUACUCCCGUUAGCCCCCUUGGCUUUUGAACAGUUUACCGGUCAAAAAGUUCCCCAUAUGAGUGGCACCAUGGCCGAGAUGCAAAUGGCUUUAAUUAGUAUUCAAACUAAUUUGCAAGUAAUCGCUAAUAAUCAACAAGCCUUAAGUCAACGACUAAUUGCUUUAGAACAAAAUGCCACUAAUCAGCUAACUAACUUAACCAACCAAUUUAAAUCACUGCGACUAACCCACACUAAAGAACAGAAACAGAUUGAAUAUACCCCAACCAAAUUAGAAAAUACCGAAGAAAGUUAUUAA